GGCCCCGCCCAGGCGGCUGCCCGGGACCUGCCUGGGAGCAGGGAACGAAGGCCGGAAGAGGGCAAGACGAGUUCAAUAAGCCAUGGGGCUGUUUGGAAAAACCCAGGAGAAGCCGCCCAAAGAGCUGGUUAAUGAGUGGUCAUUGAAGAUAAGAAAGGAAAUGAGAGUUGUUGACAGGCAAAUAAGAGAUAUUCAAAGAGAAGAAGAAAAAGUGAAACGUUCUGUGAAAGAUGCUGCCAAGAAAGGUCAGAAAGAUGUCUGUGUGGUCCUGGCCAAGGAGAUGAUCAGGUCAAGGAAGGCCGUAAGCAAGCUCUACACAUCCAAAGCUCACAUGAACUCGGUGCUCAUGGGGAUGAAGAACCAGCUGGCGGUUUUGCGAGUGGCUGGUUCCCUGCAGAAGAGCACAGAAGUGAUGAAGGCCAUGCAGACUCUUGUGAAGAUCCCCGAAAUCCAGGCCACCAUGCGGGAGCUGUCCAAAGAGAUGAUGAAGGCCGGGAUCAUAGAAGAGAUGUUAGAGGACACUUUUGAAAGCAUGGAUGACCAAGAAGAAAUGGAAGAAGCAGCAGAAAUGGAAAUUGACAAAAUUCUGUUUGAAAUCACAGCAGGGGCCUUGGGCAAAGCACCCAGUAAUGUGACGGACGCCCUUCCAGAGCCUGAACUUCGUGGAGCGACAGCCGCCUCAGAAGAUGAGGAGGAGGAGGAGGAGGAGGCCCUGGAGGCCAUGCAGUCCCGGCUGGCCACACUCCGCAGCUAGAGGCUGCCCGCUGGGCCCUCAGCUCUUCUCAUGACCUGUCCCCAGUUGUGUGCACACUCCUCUGCGGUGGCCGCCAUCCAUGUAUCUCUUGCACCACAGCUCUGUGGCCAGGCUUUGCGUUCAGGAGGAGGUUUCCUUCACUCUCUGCAGAGGUUUGGGGUCGUGCUCACUCCUCUGCGGUGGCCGCCGUUUAUGUAUCUCUUGCACUACAGCUCUGCGGCGAGGUUUUGCGUUCUGGAGAAGGUCUUCUUCACUCUCUGCAGAGCUUUGGGGUCUCAAAGCGUUGUUCUUGAGACGAGGUGUAAUAAAUGCAUCAUUUUCAGGAGUAGAAACAGAAGUGUCUUUUUGGAGGGAGGGCAAAGAAUUUGGUCUUCUCACAAAACACUUCUGAAAAGAGAGUUCAUUGCCUGAAUGUUGAGGACUCUGUACAUUUUUUUUUUUUCUGUAAAACACUAUAUAAAUGGAUUUUAAUAAAUUUCUGCUUUAACACUU